CACCUGUGAUCCUGUUCCCCAGUUCUAUCCCUAAUCUUUGUCUCCUACUCGCUCUUUUACUCCGACUCGCUGAUAUGAAUACUGUAAUGAAAACAGCCCUUAACCACAACUAUCAGGGUAUCCCUUUUUCUCUCAGAGCCGCAUUUUUCCAUUCAACCCCCGUUUCAGAUCGAAAAAGGCGUACUCAUUGGGAUUCUGGUGAUGGAGGGGCGUUUAGGGGUUCCACAAAGAGGUUUAAUCAUUAUGCUAAAAGGUUCAGGAAGUUCCAUGCAAAGCAGACAUUAUUGCGGAAUGUCAGUGCUUACGCCGAGCAUCUCUUUCAGAGCUGGCAAUCUGAUGAUGAUCAACGUGUUUCAUCUUCAAGUAGAGGCACCUCAUGGGUCAAAAGGCAAUACUGGACUAAAGGAACACAGAAGACUGGAUUUGGUAAUCAGGGACCUCAGCAAUUUGGAAGAAAAGGGUUCAGGUUCUGUACUGAUGAUGGUGAAGAAGUUGAGACCAUAUUUCGUUUUACAUUCGGUGGAGAGCGAUCCUUUUACUGGUCCUUAAUUAAUGAAGAAAUUCCUCAAUGGAGUGACUCUUACUACUCCUCUAAUAAGCAUAGGAGCUCUUGGAAUUGGAGACAUCGACUAGAAGAUGAAUACGACACCUCCACAGAGUACGAGAAUUCUGAGUCAGAUUUAGCUUCUGAUCGGCUUGCCCUUGGUUUGAGUGCUUCUGGUCCUUUGAAGCUUGAAGAAGUUAAAAGCGCAUAUCGAGCCUGUGCCCUGAAAUGGCAUCCAGAUCGUCAUCAGGGUUCUUCUAAGGCCCUUGCAGAAGAGAAGUUCAAACUCUGCAGUUCAGCAUAUCAAACAAUAUGUGACAAGCUGGAUGUGGAUUAGACUCGAAGAUAUCCAGAGCCAGCAAGAAUGAAGUCAAUUUACUUUGCCCAUCUUGUUCUGCUGUGCUAACUGGUUGAUGACAUGGUGCAGUCGGAUCUUGAAGGACAUAAGUGAUUAAUUGUCAGGUGGUUUGAACUCUGACAGCAUUCACAAAUAGAGGGCAUGCAUACCCUUCUUGAAGAUGUAGUUUAGGCACUACCCUCUUCAUGAUAACAUGUUUGGAAUGGCUGGAUGUACCAGCUUGUCCCCCUAUUUAUUUACAUUUUGGUAGUCAUUAGGAUGAAAGAAAUCUGUAAUUCUAUAUUAUGGAUUGAAGGAAAAAGAGGUAAUAUAUGUUAGGCUGGAAACAUCAAUAAUAUGGAGUAACUAGUUCCU